CGAACCUCUUCCAACGGUUGGUGCAAGAUCAAACGACAAAAGACACAAAAGGCCAGAUCGAUGAAGACCAUACACCCGAUGCCAUGAAUGCCAGCGACGAAACGGGCCUGUCCCCCAACGCUCCGCUCCUGACUUCCGAGACUUCUGCGGCGCUCCGCACCUCCGACGAUGUUGACGAAACGGACGAUGAACGAGUCCCUAAGCUGGGCUCGGGAUCCUCGAGUGGCUGGUUUAUCUGGUCUUUAACUUUCUCUGCUGGUAUAAGUGGACUUUUAUUUGGCUAUGACACAGGUGUCAUUUCCUCUACCCUCGUAUCGAUAGGUUCGGAUCUGUCCAAUCGCCCUCUCACGACUCUAGAUAAAAGCUUGGUUACGUCCUGUACGAGUCUGUUCGCGCUUAUUGCGAGUCCCCUCGCGGGGAUUUUGGCAGACAAGCUUGGUCGGAGGAGGGUUAUUGUGGUUGCAGAUGUUCUCUUUACGCUGGGUGCGUUGAUACAGGCCGUUACGAGCGUGGUAUGGGGUAUGGUUGUUGGGAGGAGUGUUGUUGGUUUGGCUGUUGGCAGCGCUAGCUUGGUUACUCCACUGCAACUGACCAACUGUUGCAGAUAUAUAUCAGAGCUGGCUCCAUCUCACGCAAGAGGAAGACUGGUUACUAUAUUGAGUCUGUUUACCACCGGGGGCCAGGUGAUAGCCUAUAUUGUUGGUUGGCUCUUUUCAUCCGUCAAUGGAGGAUGGCGCUGGAUGGUGGGUCUUGGAAUGCUCCCAGCGGUUUUCCAGCUCGUUAUUGCGGUUGCUUUGCCUGAGACACCCCGUUGGUUGGUGCAAGCAGGUCUCGAGACCAAAGCUAUGAAUGUCCUUUUGAAGGUUCACCGCGAGGACCCCGAUAGCGAGCAGAUUGCAAAGCAAAUCAUGCGCGACAUCAGGCAGGAAGUGGCUGAGGAAGAUAGAGAAAUGAAUCCACAGGAUGACGUCUCCUCUCGGCCCGGGCUGCGAUGGUUUGGCAAUGUCAAGCGCCGAGCACAUGAUCUCUUCGGGAUUGGAGGUAAUCGAAGGGCCUUGACAAUAGCCAUGAUGUUGCAGGGGUUGCAGCAACUCUGUGGCUUCAACAGUCUAAUGUAUUUCUCUGCGACCAUCUUCUCACUUCUUUCCUUUUCUUCGCCAACCCUUACCUCAUUAUCAGUAGCCAUGACGAAUUUUGUCUUCACGCUACUUGCCUUUGUCUAUAUCGAUAAAAUCGGGCGACGUCGAAUCCUUCUUUACUCAAUUCCUGUCAUGGUCGUUUCUCUCUUUGUUUGUGCCGGGACAUUCUCCUCCGUGGAAUUACCUAAAAUUUCACCCGAACCUGAGUCUCGUGGCAAUGGCAACAUCGCCGAGAACUCUUUCCUCGCUCUCAUCAUCCUUCUAUGUCUUACGAUCUACACUGGAGCCUACGCCUUUGGUUUAGGAAACGUCCCUUGGCAACAAUCGGAGCUUUUCCCUCUAAACGUGCGUUCUCUAGGCUCCGCGCUUGCCACUGCAACAAACUGGGGCUCCAAUUUCAUCAUCGGACUCACUUUCCUGCCCAUGAUGGAUUGGCUGUCCCCGGGAUUGGUAUUUGCGCUUUAUGGAGUGGUUUGUGUGGUUGGAUGGUUUGGCGUUUGGACUAUCUAUCCUGAAAUGAGUGGACUUGAUCUAGAAGAGGUGAAAGGUCUUCUUGCAGGUGGGUGGGGGGUGAGAGAAAGCCUAGCGAGGGGCCGUAGUCACACUCUUAGAACUGAAGACUGA